UCCAAAUUCAGAAUCUGUGAAAAUCUGUUCUUUUUGAAACAGAGCAUACAAUAUUGAGGCACUGCCAAAACUGCAAAAAUUGCCGCCUACGAAUACGCGGCCCAGUGCUGCGAUGGGGGCAGAGCCGGACGAUCCCUAUCCCGGGGACCGCGUUUGUCCGACCCGCGCAGAAUUCUAUGCUGUCGCUACUGACAGCUACAACUUUUGGACAGUUCCGACUACCGAGUCACAAGAUUUCGACAUUGAACGAUAUUUGUCCGACCUUCUCACGGGAGUGCCACCCUUCUUCUUUAAUUCCAAGCAAAGGCUCUCGUGGGUCGAUGGCGAGUGGCUGCAUCUGAAAUGUAAAUCAGAAUGGGGAACAACGAAGGCUUCAGCAUGUAAUGUGAAGGUGAGAGGUCUCACUCACUACGCAAGAUUGGGCCUCUCCACGCCGAUAAGCUACGACCAUGAGGAGGGGACCUUGAACUCGACACUAUCGUUGGGGUUGGGAGCUUCACCGAAUAUGGCAUGCUUAAUACGAGCUUGGUGUUAUAUUCUCUCUUGCCGCUGGGUAGAGAGACUUGCAAUAGCCGGGCAACAUGCGCAACUUCUGCAGCCGACGCGGCCAAGUUUGUCCAACUUUUGGGAGACUACUCUUGCGGGAGACUGGCAUGCUGUAGUUAAUCGAGGCGGAAGUACCUACCAUGCCCCUUGGUCUUGGUCAAAGAAUGCUUCAGCUUCUCACGUGGACUUGCCAGAAUGGCCCCCCAACUCCGUUUUGGCACUAGAAGCACUUGAAAACUUUUGUGCUACCGAAAGCAUGCACAGAGAAGCUACGCUUGCUCUCUGUGUGGUCAUCCUUCUUUCGCAAUAUCCCGACAAGAUCGUCAAGCUCCCAAAGUACUCAUUGCCGACCGCCAAGUCAGGCAGGGGUUUAUCUCGGCACAAAAGGUUUGAUCUCUUGGUGGACAAAGCUAUUACCCUAAGUUGUGCCGAAGAAGGUAUCGAAUCGAUCUUGUGCAGUCCAUUUCUAGUGCCCGGAGUGCCAUGCACUUUGGCUGGAGCCCACCUCCUUGGAGCUCGCCAGGCUCUGUCAGAGGGCGGAAAAAUGAAGUCCCUGGAAGAUUUCAUGAUUCAGAAGAGACCUACUAUAGCGCCACUAUGGUUGGCUGCAAUUUGGUGUGGUCAGGCCGAGCACAUCCUCAACAAUGCUGUUCUUGGGUAUUCAUCUGUUAACCUCCCGGCUUCCACUUGGACUGGGAUUCCGCAGUCAUUUAUUCAGUACGACUACAUUUCCCGCGGACCGCAGGGGACGAUACCACGAGCUAACGAAUAUCGUGUAACAUACUUGGUGAACCAAUUGGCAUUCCAGCCGAAGACGCCCUAUCCGCCGUUUGAAUAUACCAAGAAGAACAACCUCAGCCUAGAGGUGAGCACUCAUCUUUGUCACGAUCACUAUCUUCAGAGUUACAAGAUGUUCUGGGUUGUGGAGGAGGAAGAAGAUGAAGAUAUUCUUGCGCAGUCCCUUCAACUUCCACGGCGGAGCGCCAGUCUCCAGGCCGCCAAGGAUCUGCCUUUAGGAAAUCCUUGCCUCUUCCGAUCGGAGUAAGUAAACGAUUUUCAUGUUGGCUCUGCGGCUAACUUGAAUGAGGUUCCUCGAUGAUGGUGAUUACGCUUCGGAGAACGCUACUCGUAACAUUGUCAAUUGGCACAAAGAGACAGAGGAAGGUGGCAUCUGGCUUGAUAUGGGUAACGAACAUGAGACGCGCAAAGUUCACAUGCAUCCAUGGAUACAUCGAGAGUCAUCAGAAUACGAGUCAGACGCAUCUGACGCCUCUGGCCCUGGUGCUCGGGAGGUAUUUGAUCGAGAUAAGGUUCAGAAAUGGCUAGAGGACGUGUCUGCAGAUCCUUGCGAAGACAGGAAUAUGCCAGCUACUGCUAAACGGAAGAGAGAUGAAGAAGCCGAGCCGUAUCAACCCCCUUCCAGCGAGCCACCCAACGAGGAGAUUCAAAAUCACUACGGCUCGGUCAUCCAACAGAUUGUAUUAUCCGAAAACGGCAGUCAGACAAUCCUCGCGCGACGCGACAAACACAUCCACAGUUGAACACACACGAGACGAACAAGUGGACUAUCAAUCUGCCAUCCCAAAUGACAGGCGAUCAGUGCCCGGAGAGCUUGUUACUGCGUCUCUAAUGCGUCUCUCUUCCUUAGAGGGCAUGACACGAGGAAUAGACACUACUUCAAUAGCAGAUUUCCCAUAUGUCAACUCAUUUGCAGAGGAGCACCAUUGCGUGGAAACGGCCGCUGAUAGCGCAGCGCCUCUUGCGAAGCAGGCGAGACGUCCCAGUCGACGCAGCCACAAGAAACGGUAUGCUCAACUGAAAGAGGAAUGAGGAGACUAUCACGCAUGCAGCAGAUACAGACGAAAAUGGACAGGUUGAAGGCCGCAACAAGUGAGGUGGAAGAGAGUGACUUCAAAAGCGACUUUUUCGGUCACGAGGAAGAGGGCCCUAUCUAAAGGUGAUCACAGCAGUUAACGCCACAUGGAAGUCACUGGGUACGAUUACCACAAAUUUGAAGUUGCAACCACGCGUUUCCAGACACAGUGAGCUUGGUUUAAGGAUUGCGGUGAUAGACAGUUCGCUACGAAGCUUGCCGCGUCUCAAAGGUCACGCGUCGUAAGCAACAUGUAGCUUUGAGACCAGCAUCAGAUCAAGAAGAACACGGAAGCUAUCCACUCAAUUUGUGCGUGACUGG